CCGUCUAAACGUUAUGAUCAUACUAGACGUACCAUGUUGUUUAUACCGUGCCGUAGGUAGUUUACAAGUUAGUAACUACUAUAUAGUUGGGUGAUCGCGGGUCUGGCACUCUGGCACAGUUGGCGAUUCACCCCACUCACCAUUGACAGUCUGGCCCUGGCUCUCGGCAGACAACAGUAAACAUUGUUGUUUGUCAUCGCUUUGUGCCUUGCGGUUUUAGUGAUAUUACCAAUAAGAUUAGUGUAAUUCCGCGUGCUUUCUGUGUAAGAAGUAGAAUCCUAUACUGCUAUAGUACGUUUUUGUUAAUUUAUCGUUAUAAACGUGCAGUUUACUUGUUUGUCGCUCCUAAGAAAAUACAUUUUAAUAUAAUUGAAGCUUCUACUAAGGAAUAAGGACUAAGUGCCAUGAUGUUAUAUAAAUUGUUACUAAUAUUUGCUGCCUAUGCCACAGUCAUACAUUGUGAUGAUUGUGUUUUCAAUCUGAAACACAAAGAAAAACAUCUUCAAUUUGAUUUGACUCGUUUCGAAGACCUUCAAAAAGUGAAUUUUACCAAUUCUAAUGAUAUGUAUUUAAAUAUAAAGUUAUGUAAAAGCAAUAAACAUAUAUCGACUUGUGAUGGAAUUAAGUCCAAAAUAUGUUUAAUUAAAAACAAAAAAUAUUUCACAGAAUCAGAUAUUGGAUCCAAAAUUAAAGAAGUGAAAUUAGAUUUUAAAGAUCAACUUAUUUUAUCUUUGGAAGGAAAUACUAUUUGUGAAAAAAAUCAAAAAUAUUCUACAGAUCUAACUUUUGUUUGCAAUAAAAAUAUGAUUGGUAAUAAAGCGGAUUAUAAGCUGAAUGUAAAUCAUUGCAAGUAUAUUAUAGAAUUGACUUCUGCAGUUGGUUGCCCAAUAGAUGAUUUAGAUAUACGAAAUGUUUGCAACGUUUCAAUACCUCAUAUUAAUUUUGUAUUUAAUUUGAAUCUCUUACGCCGUUUAACCAAUAACUAUUUGGUAGAAAACCAAAGUCGUAAAUUUGAGCUCAAUAUCUGUGGCCGUCUAACUGACAACAACAAAUGUGGUGGUAAUAUCACUACAAUAUGUGAUAUAACUGAUAUCAGAAAUCCUAAAGUGUAUGCUGUAGGAAAAUAUGCAAAUGACAAACUUCUUUAUGAUACAAAUAGUAAAAGCUUAAAAUUGAUUCAACACGAAAGAGCUUCUAAAAAAAAAAAAGGUAGAAGAAUUGAAUUAAUUUUUAAAUGUGAUGAAAAUAUCAUUCCUGAAAAUACAAAACCAACAUUUUUAAAUGAAGAAAAUUAUCAUGAUAAAAAAAUUUCUCCAAAUAUUGCAUAUUUUGAAGUUGCUACAUCUGCUGUUUGUAUACCAAGAAUGGUAUCAUGUGAAGUAAUUACUAAUUAUACGGCUCGUUUCAAUUUAAAACCUUUACACAAACGAGUAGACAAUUGGAGAAUUCUUAAUGAAAACAAUGGUGGAAUUUUUUACUUAAAUAUUUGUGGAUAUUUAAAUGAAUAUGAUAGACAAAUUCCAACUUCAUGUAAAGUUGGAGGUAAAACUUCGGCUUGUUAUGUGGAUAGUUCAGGUAAAGGAAUUUCCAUUGGGUCAACUCAAAUUGGUCCAUACUAUAACGGAAAUUCAAUAAUAAUAAAUUACACAGAUGGAGAUAAUUGUAGUAAUUUUUUGAAGUGGUCAACAGUUAUUAAUUUAACAUGUUCUGGUGAGUCAAAACUCAUACAUGAAUCAACAAAUUUCACUUUGUGUAUCCAUGUAUUUAAUUGGAAAACCCCUAAAGCGUGUGAAAUAUUGUUUGAGAGAAAAGAUCAGUGCAUGGUUACACAUCCAUGGUAUUCUCAUAUUGUGUACAAUGUUAGCAAUUUGAAAAAUCAGAUUUUUAAAAAAGAAAUAGAAGAUAACGCAUCAUUUCGGUUUAGUAUUUGUAGUCCAUUGCAAGAACCAUGUAAUGGUAUUUUAGAUUCAGCUGCUUGUUGGUCAAUGGACGGAACUGAAAUGAACAUAGGACUAUUUACUGAACAAAUAGUGUUUGAUAAUGGUUCCAUCUAUAUAUCCAUGCAUGGAGAAAAAUGUGUUAAUAACGAGCAGGGACCUAAUAGUUAUACUAUUAUUAGAUUUGUAUGUGAUUACUUGGAUUCAAAAUGGAUUGAUUUCAAAAAAGACUUUGAUGAAUGCACUUUUGAAUUCACUAUAUAUACAAAACAUGCUUGUACACAACCGUUAAAAAUUGACUGCACUGUUGAUGAUAAAUUGGGAAAUGUUUUUGAUCUCAGUAAAUUAACUAAAUUUAGUAGUAACUAUGAAAUUACCACUAGCCAAAAGACAACAAUUAUUUUAAAUGUUUGUCAUUCUGUUAUUAAUAAUGAUAUUAAUGCUGUAAAUUGUCAAUUCAAUAGUGGUGUUUGUUUAGUUGACCAUAAUAAUUUAUUAUAUUCUAACCGAUACAAAAAUCUUGGUGAUGUGAAGCAGAGCCCUUAUAAAAUAGGAAAUAAAAUUAUAUUAGAAAUGAUCAAUGGUUUUUAUAAUGGCCACAAAGUUUCUUCAGUUAUUGAAUUUAUAUGUUCAAAUCAAAAUAAUGGUCCAAUAUUAACUGUUGAAGAGAAUUAUAAGUAUAUAUUCCAAUGGUUUACACCACUGGUAUGCUCUAAUCAUCAACAUAUAAAAAAAAGAGAAAUAAUAAAAAAUGAUAGUACAUUAAAAUCAACUAUAACAAUUAAAGGAUUAAGCUAUACCACAUAUAUUUGUCCCAAAAAUAAGAAUGAUGUCAAUUGUAAUUCAGAAAUUAGUUUGAAUAAUGAAUUUCCACAUGGACGAAAUAUAAUUUUGUUUGUUAACGAACAAAAAAAUGUAUAUACUUUGCACAACAACUUGUAUUUUAAUCAUAACAGUAACAUAACUUGUGAUGAAGAUAUAAAUACAACAGUACUAAUAAGGUUUAUGUUUUAUUGUGGGUAUGAGUUACAAUUACCAACAAUUCAAAAACAUCAUUGUACAACUACUGUCCUCAGUAUUAAUCCAGAAAUGUGUGAUGAAAAAUUGGAAUGCAAUGUGAGUUUGUAUGAUUUAACACCAAUAAAAGGAACUCAUAUAGUUAAUAUUAAUGGAAUAAAGUAUUUUAUAAACAUAUGUAUUCCUGGAGCAAAAGGUAUUGGAGGAAUAAUGCAAGUCAACAAUAUAAGUUAUAAUAUUGGUUAUCAAGUAACACCAAUAAAAAGUUAUGUGCAGGAUAUCAUUGAAAUAGAUUUUAAAAAUGGUGAUAAAUGUUUAGAUUCAACUUCAAAAUUAUCUAAAACACGUCAAUAUUCUACAAAAAUUACAUUACUGUGUGAUAUUACUGAAGCUGAAGGAAAACCAAUUUUAAAGGUCUCUGAUAACAAUUGCACAUUACAAUUUGAAUGGAAAACUAGUUUUGUAUGCAGCAGAAAAUUGAUGGUUGAAUUUGAUAAGGAUAUGUGUGCAGCAACGAUUAAAAGACCUAGUCAAAAUGUUAAAAACAAUACAAUCAUAGAUUUUAAUAAUAUUUUAAUUAUUAAUAAUUUAACUGAUUAUUCAACUAAGACAAAUUACCAAGUAAAUUUUUGCAAUGGAACUGUCAAUUUAAAUGGAACAACAUUUUAUGGAAAUAUGAAUCUUGAGUAUGAUAUAUCUAAGAAACAAUUACUUGCUAAUUUUCAAAAUAAAAAUGAUAAACAUUUAAAAAAUGUGGACAUUAUUGUUGCAUGUUCCAAAUCAACAGAAGACUUAUCAAAAUUUAAUGUCAUAGCAACAGAUAAUGGAGUAAGAAUUGGUACAUAUUCAAAAGGUAUAUGUUGUAUGGAUUUCAAUGAUCACACAAAUGAAGAAAUAUGUAAAACAUAUCAUUUAAUUCCAAUAUCAACUACAACUACUGUUGAAAACCAGCUGUCUGUGUACUCACCAUACUCAGAAAAUAACAAAUCAAUUGAAUCUAGUUUAAAAUUUAAUUUAGAAAUUACUAAAAAAGAAGAACUAAUCUUAUCAACUACAGAACAAAUUGAUGAAUCUAUGACACUUAUUGCAACAGAAUUGAAACACAUUGAACACUCCUCACCACAGAUCCAUAGUAAUAUUAACAUUGAUGAUUUUUUAAGGAAAAAUAAUUGUUUAAUAACAAAUAAUUUAAGUAAAUAUGUGACUUCUGAUGAUUGUAUAGGUAUACCAACUAUAAAAAAAGAAGUUGUGUCUGGUUCUUCAUUUUAUAUAGAAAUAGUAUUAAUGAUUCUAGUAAUUAUACUAUUAACAUGGAUUUACCGUUGGAAGUUAUUGAAGAAAAUCCUAAAGAUGUAUUACACUCUGCCUUUUGCCAGACAGAGACAAGGAAGAUAUAAUCAUAAUUUACUGUAAAUAUAUUAGUUUUAAUUUCUAAAUGUAUUGUAUUGUUAAAAAAAAAUGUUCAAAU